UCAUCCUUUCCGCCUGCCCCGCCCGUCCCAUCCUGCCGUGACGCGGGCAGGGACGCCCGUUCGGAGAGGGCCCGCGGCGCCUCGGCAGACUUGCGGCCGCCUUCCUAGCAGAAGACAUCUGGGCCAGGGAGGAGAAGGAGCAGAAGGGGACGAGGGAGUGGCCCCUCACACUUGGGUCACCGAACUUCGGGGUGUGGCCCUGUUCGCGCCGGGCUGUCCAGAUGCCUCGGGGUCCCACACCGGGGGCGCACGGGGUUCCGUGGUUGACCGAGGUGAUCCCGGAUCGCCUUUGUUUUGCCAUUCUCUACAGCAGACCAAAGAGUGCAUCAAAUGAACAUUAUUUCAGCAUAGAUAAUGAACUUGAAUAUGAGAACUUCUACGCAGAUUUUGGACCUCUCAAUCUGGCAAUGGUUUACAGAUACUGUUGCAAGAUAAAUAAGAAACUAAAGUCCAUUACAAUGAUGAGGAAGAAAAUUAUUCAUUUUACUGGCUGUGAUCAAAGAAAACAAGCUAAUGCUGCUUUCCUUAUUGGAUGCUAUAUGGUUAUAUAUUUGGGGAGAACUCCAGAAGAAGCAUUUGGAAUAUUAAUCUUUGGAGAUACAUCCUAUAUUCCUUUCAGAGAUGCUGCCUAUGGAAGUUGCAGCUUCUACAUUACACUUCUUGACUGUUUUCAUGCAGUAAAGAAGGCAAUGCAGUAUGGCUUCUUUAAUUUCAACACGUUUAACCUUGAUGAAUAUGAACACUAUGAAAAAGCAGAAAAUGGAGAUUUAAAUUGGAUAAUACCAGACCAAUUUCUUGCCUUCUGUGGACCUCAUUCAAGAUCCAGACUUGAAAGUGGUUACCACCAACAUUCUCCGGAGACUUAUAUUCCAUAUUUUAAGAGUCACAGUGUUACUACCGUUAUUCGUCUGAAUAAAAGGAUGUAUGAUGCUAAGCGCUUUACGGAUGCUGGUUUCGAUCACCAUGAUCUUUUCUUUGCGGAUGGUAGCACCCCAACGGAUGCCAUUGUCAAAGAGUUCCUAGAUAUUUGUGAGAACGCUGAGGGUGCCAUUGCUGUACAUUGUAAAGCUGGCCUUGGUCGGACUGGCACCCUGAUUGCCUGCUACAUCAUGAAGCACUACCGAAUGACUGCAGCUGAGACCAUCGCAUGGGUCAGGAUCUGUAGGCCCGGGUCAGUGAUUGGGCCUCAGCAGCAGUUUCUGGUCAUGAAACAAGCGAGCCUCUGGCUGGAGGGUGACUAUUUUCGUCAGAAGUUAAGAGGGCAGGAGAAUGGACCACAUAGAGCUGCCUUCUCCAAACUCCUCUCAGGUGUUGAUGACAUUUCAAUAAAUGGGGUCGAAAAUGAGGACAAGCAGGAACCUGAACCGUUCAGUGAUGAUGACGAAGUCACUGGAGUCACACAAGGUGAUAGACUUCGAGCCCUGAAAAGCAGAAGACAAUCAAAAACACACACUAUACCCCUCACAGUAAUUCUUCAGUCCAGUGUUCAGAGCUGUAAAACAUCUGAACCUAACCUUUCUGGCAGUGCAGGCAUUACUAAAAGAACCACCAGAUCUGCUUCGAAGAAAAGCAGUUUUAAAAGCCUGGUUCCUCAGAGGGAAAGAAGGAAAAGGAGUGCUUUGCAGCAGAUGCCCUUGGUGGCAUUAUGUCCCUCCAUUUCAAGGACCAAAACAGUUUUGCGUUAAGUAAAAACUUGUGACCAGAACUGAAGAAAGAUUCUAGGAACAGAAACUCUUAACAGGACCUAGCAGUGUAUUUGAGAACAAAACAAAUUGCAAAAGCCUUAGUUGCUUCCACCUAAGAAAUUUAUUCACUGAAGAAAACAUCUGCUGGAGUCAGUAGCUCCCUGAGUUGGGUGUAACAGAAGACUUGAAGGGCCCAACUUGCCAUAUUUGCAGAAUCAUCUCAAGCUGAAGGAGGAAAUGGUAGUGUGAUUUAGUCUCAGGUGUAAAUACCAUAGCCCGCUGCCAUCUGGAGAGAUGAUAAGUUCAGUGGUCCAUAUGUGUCCCCACAGUGGCAGUUGUGCUCUCUGCUGGCAUUCAGAAGAGCUGAGGAUCUGAUGGAGGUUUCGUACAUAUUUAUUUUCUGUUCACCCUAUGACCCUCUGUGGAAAAUUUUAAAGGUAAACCAGGCUUUACUGAAACGGUACUUCCUGUCAUCGGACACUUUUGGGUUUCAUGUCUUUGAUCUUUGUGAAACUGUUGUCAUGUUUACUCUGUGAAGUACCCAAGCUGCUUGUCUUCCACCAAAGAGUGCUUUAUGAACAUGAAUCUGUGAAGACCAUGUGAAAACACUGCUGCAUGCUGUAAUGCCAAAUGGUACUGUGCUCACCUCAGACUUGUCGGACAGUAUUCAUAGAAGCUUUAGAAGACUCCAGGGAAGAAACUGGUUUCAGAGUUGGAAGAUUCUUGCCAAGCCCUUCCUUUCUCAUCACUUAGGGACUACAAAAUAGCAAGGCUGUGCAUUAUUGGAUUGCUAGUCAUACAGAGUCAAGUCAGAUUGCCUGCAUGCAUGGGGGGCAGCUGCCCAUUGUUGGUUUUUACCCUUUGCAGGAGCAAUCCCAUAUAACGGUAGCUUUAAAAACAAAAAUGUUAACAUUUGUUUUAGAAUCUUUCUCUGUAACACUGUGGAUUUUUUUUCUUUUGUGAUCAUUCUAGGGCCAUUCAUAUACUCUGAUUUCACUGAUGAUGACUUGCUUUUGGAUUUUGGUUUGUAGUAAGAGUGAACUACUCACUGUUGCCUUUGGUUAGGGAAUCCAACAAGUAACUUUUUGCAGUGUGCCUUCUCCCCUCCCCGUUCCUGAAACACAGCAGGGCUGUAACAUAAGCAAUCACAAAACAGUUUAUCUGCUGCUAAAAACAAAAACCAAGGUCCGUAAUUAAAGACUGUUUUGCUGAUUCCCUUAUUCCUGCUAUCCAGGGCCAUCCUAGGAAGGCAUGUCCCAUUUUACAGGAGCCAGGCAGUAGAGGGCAGAGACCAGAUGAAUGUAAGGGGGCUGAGAUCUUGCUGAUCAGGUGGCUCUUCUUGAAGUUGGAGCAGUGUAAAGUGUUUACCCAAGAAGGAAUCAUAAGACAUGGUUCCCUGUUUGAGUAUUGUACCCUUUGGGUGAAGUGUGACACUGAUUGGCUUGGAGAGGGGCAGCUCUGACCAGCAGGCCAUGUAAGUGGGACUGAACCAGCAUUAAAACAUUGGGGGCUGAAUCCCAGGACAUAGUAGUUUUCUAAUCCUGGAAAUGAAUAGGCAUAAGAGCUGAGUAGAAGGAGGAACAUGCCACUUGCGGGAAGACAAAAUGUUCACGCUGUGCCCAGGCAUAAAAUCCUAAUUGUUAGGGCAUCCUUCAGAGGUCUGCUGAUCCAUAGCUUGUGCGGGUGGGUGUGAAGACCUCACUGCCUUCUGAGCUGUGUGUGGCUUGGCUUUCUCUUAGGUUGGAGCAAGGAAGCACAUCCCUGCUGUGGCCCCCUCCCCUCUCUGACCCAUCCCAGUGAGUAAGCUGUGUGGUGUCUUGGCCAAGAGUUAAAAUCUUUGGCCCUUAGUGAUAACCACAGUGCUUUUUGGUUUUAUAGAUUGCCCUGUGUUGGCUGCUGAAGCUUCCAGCUAGAAUUGUUAUCACUGGGGUUCUUGUUAAAUAUCUCUAGGAAACUUGUAACUUGGUGAAGACUAUUCCUUGGAGUAGGCAGAUAGUCUGGGACAGCACUUCAGGUGAGUUGCUUAGCAACAGGGCUGAAUUUACUGGGCAUACACCUAGAACCUAGGAGUCUUGGAGUUUGACCGAUGGAAAGUCCUUUGUAGUAUGAGUAGGAGCAGACUCCCCACCAGCUGAAACCACAGAAUACUCCACAUCCUCUAGGACUCUGACUCAGUUAUUACACAUGACCCUGUUGCUUUGGGAUACAAAACAGUGCCUGUCAGAUGACAAGACUCCUUUAACUGAAGAACCUUAAAUAGUAUUGAAAGUCCACCCAAACCACUUCCAAUGGAAU